AGAGAGCGCCGCCAACUGCUCGCCACAGGCUAACACACAGAACUACGGAGAGAAAUGGAGGGAGACAAAGUGGGGAAUAAGAAAUGUGAAGUGUACCAUCAGAAUGAUUUAAUAUCCGUCAGAAAUAUUUGUGCGAAGUUACUAGAUUGUUCUUUGCCGUUGGUACCACGUAUAACGUCUAAAUGACAAAGUAUAAUCACGAUUACAUUUGUGCAUGCGUGCUGUGUGCUAACUGACACGCUUGCAUAAUUUGCCAGAUUGUUCUUGCAGCCUGCUAGCUAAGGAAUGCUAGCCGGCUUCCGAUGUAUUGACAAUAUACAUCCAGUCCAAUGUGUUGGUGUUCUCCAUUAGAAAAUGAUAUUAGAAUGAUAAAACUAUCAAUGAUGAGUAAAUAAUUUCAAUUCGCUGAGAGCAAAGUACACAAUAUUUCCUAUUAAAAUUUAAUUUGGAGACAUGGUGCCACGUGAGUGGUUGAUACUGUUAACGUUUCUGCACGCCUCGAUAAAUAAUUUCAUAAUCUUAGUCUGGAAAUGGUGGCGAAUAAAGCAACACAGUCCUUGGCUUAACUAAUACUGUUGGAGUACUAUCGUCAUAUUUGUGGAAGUCAGUAUUGGCCCCUCAAGGGUAAGAAGCUCCGAGAAUCCUAAAUCAUACCACGUCCUCUCAGUGGAUGGAAUUAAUCACAUGAUUGACGGUUUCCCUUCCCGUUAUCAGUGACCUCUGAGACUGAUAAAGCUGACUCAAAACAAAAAUAUUGGAUUGACGGGAGCGGAGAGGACAGAACCCUUAUUUAUAUCUGGAUGAACAGCGGGCCGGCGCCAGACGCACGCCGUACUAGCACAAAGUUUUCAAACUCAAAAACAGAACACGUGACUUCGUGAGCUCCCUAUAUCAUGCGCAAUAGGUCUCCCAUCGCUUGAGAAUAUACACCCCCUAUCCUUCGUAGCCUGUAGUGCACAUGAAUUUCAGCAAUUGAAAGCGGUUGCGACACAAACGCUUGGUACGCUAGUACAGAGCUGCGCACAAAAAAAAGAGCCCCUUCCCUCCGUCUGGCCCAGCUCGAGCAGCCAUGAGCGGGCAGCAGGAGGAAGCCGACGGGCUGUACGUGCAGCACCAGUACAUGUGCAGCGAGUGCCACCAGCUCUUCAACACGCUGGAGGAGGUGCUGGUCCACCAGCAGAGCCACACGGGCCUGGAAGGGGAGGGGGGGGAGGAGGCGGAGCUGGGGGCCACCCAGGUGCACAUCACGGACGCCCAGGCCAUGGGGGAGAGCCAGUACCAGUGCCUGGAGUGCGGAACGCUGCUGCGGACGCCGGAGGAGCUGCUGCUGCACCAGGAGCUUCACAUGAGGGAGGCGGGGAUGGAGACCGAGCACCACGAGCUGUGUGAAGUGGUGGAGUCCGGCGAAGCUGUGACGGCGCCCCCGGUGUCCGGGCAGAUACAGUACCAGUGCCUGGAGUGCCUGGCGCUGUUCGACACCCCGGAGGUGUGGCUGGCGCACAGGCAGACGCACAGCAAGAGCAGCACGCACAGCGCGCUGUCCGACACGGAGUUUGUGUUGCAGGCUGAUGGUUCUGUUACCCCAUUGGUCAGUGUUCAGAACCUGGUUCUGAGCGAGCAGCGAGCUGGGGAGAUUCUCACCUUGGCUCAGGUUUUGGCGGCGCAGCAGCAGUCGAGCCCCCUGCCCCCCACGCCCUCCCGGGGGACCCUGCUCCCCUCGCCGUCGGGCCUGCCGGCGUCCGCCACGCUGCGGCUGCAGAUCUGCACGGCCCAGGCCCUGGCCGACGGCUCCACGGUGCCGGGCCUCCGCCGGGCCAAGCUGCUGCCGCCGCUGCUGCCCGCCGGCUCGCCGCUGGAGCCCGGGGCCGCGGGGAGGCCGGGGGAGGAGGCGCAGCCGCACUUCCAGCGCCUGGAGGUGGCGCUGUCCCAGGGCCAGCCGGGGAGGGAGGGCCAGGAGGAGGAGGAGGAGGAGGCGGAGGAGGCCGGCGAGGUGGUGAUCAUCCACCCCUACGAGUGCUCGGAGUGCGCCCUGCUCUUCCAGACGCCCGAGGACUUCCUGCAGCACCAGGGGGAGCACUUCCUGGCCCAGGACAAGGAGAGCGGGGAGGAGGGGGUGAUGGAGGGGGCGGAGGACGAGGAGCUGGAGGAGAUGGAGGAGGAGGUCAGGCCCGAGGAGAACGGGGGCGCGGAGGAGGAGAGACCCAAGGGGGCCGGCGGCGCCGCCGCUCACCGCCGCCAGCACAGCGCCUUCCUCCCGCCCCGCCCCCGGCAGGCCCCGGCCCCGCCCCUCUCACUGCAGUGCGGCGAGUGCCAGCGCACCUUCACCUCGGCCAACCGGCUGUCGGCGCACCGGCGCGUGCACGAGCACGGCACGCACGAGUGCCCCGAGUGCGACAAGGUGUUCAAGAAGCCGGCGUCGCUGCAGACGCACAUGCGCACGCACUCGGGCGAGGCCCGCUUCCUGUGCAUGGACUGCGGCCACGGCUUCACCACGGAGAUGACCCUCAUCAUACACAGAAAGUCCCACACCGCUGAGCCUCUCCACAGGUGUCAGUUCUGUGCAAAAACCUUCACCAACAUGACCAAGUUCCUGUACCACCGGCGGACCCACACGGCCCGCGCCCCCCUGGCCCCCAUCACCAUGGUUUCGGCUGUUCCCCAGAGGGUCCCGCUGUCCCACCUCAGCAUCCUGCAGCGGGCCAGGGAGAGGGAGGAGGCCGUCCUGCGGGGGAGGGAGGGCCCCCCCGAGAGCGCCGCGCCCGCGCCCGUCCCGCCGGGCCAGGCGGAGGCGGAGCCGGAGUCGGACGCCGGCGGCGCGGCCUCCCAGGCGAAGGGGGCGGGGGGAGAGAACGGGCUGGACGCCGAGCACGGCCCCGCCCACGGCCAGGAGACGCGGGGCGGCGAGGACACGCCCGCGGCCGGCUCCCCCGCACAUCCCGCCCCCCCCGCCGCCGCGGACGCGUCGGCCGGCUCCUCGGAGCGGACGCCGGGCCCCCCCGCGCCCCACCCCAGGGCCCCGGCCUUCCCCUGCCCGUCCUGCGGCAAGGCCUUCCCCACGCAGCUGUGCCUGGUGCGGCACCGGCGCACGGUCCACGUGUCGGAGCGCCGCUUCAAGUGCGGCGUGUGCGGCAAGCCCUUCAAGAAGCAGAUCCACGUGCGGAACCACCUGCGCGUGCACACGGGCGAGCGGCCCUUCCAGUGCAGCGACUGCGGCAAGACCUUCUCCUCGCUGGCCAACCUGUCGCGGCACGGCCUGACGCACUCGGGCCUGCGCCCGUACCGCUGCGACGUCUGCCACAAGGCCUUCACGCAGUCGUCCAACCUGCGGCAGCACCGGCUGCUGCACGCCAACCCCGCCCCCUUCCCCUGCCCUGACUGCCCCGCCGCCUUCCUGCGGCCGGCCAAGCUGGCGGCCCACCGCUACGCCCAGCACCCGGGGGCGCCGGCGCCCUACCCCUGCCCCCGCUGCCCCGCCGGCUUCCUGCGCAAGAGGCAGCGCGACCGCCACUGCCUGGAGACGCACCCGGAGGCCGCCGCCCACCACCACGCCGACGGCCUCCCCGACGGCUCCGCCCCCCGCGGCUCCGAAGCUCCUCCCCCUCCCUCGGGCCCGGAGGGCGGGGCCCCGGGCGACGGCGCCGCCGCCCCCCCGCUCCGCGCCGGCCUGGAGUGCGGCGUGUGCGGCAAGCGGCUCAACUCGGCCGCCAACCUGCGGCUGCACCAGCUGAGCCACGGCCGGCGGCGGGCCGGCGCCUCCCCGGCGGCGCGGGCCAAGGGCCACCAGUGCCCCGUCUGCGGCAAGCUGUUUGUGUCGUCGUCGGGCGUGGUGCUGCACCAGCGCGUGCACACGGGCGAGCGGCCGUUCCCCUGCCCGCAGUGCGGCAAGCGCUUCCGGCAGAACACGCACCUGCGCGAGCACCUGCGCACGCACUCGGGCGAGCGGCCCUUCCGCUGCGAGCUGUGCGGCAAGGGCUUCGUGCAGAGCAUGCACCUGGCCGAGCACCGCCGCACGCACACCGGCGAGCGCCCGCACGCCUGCGCCGUCUGCGGCAAGGCCUUCAAGACCUUCUCCAACCUGCGCAGCCACCGCAAGACCCACGCCCGGGCGCCGCCCGAGGAGGGGGCCGCCGCCGCCGCCGCCGCCGCCGCCAUCGCCGUGGUGGACGCCUCCUCUGUGGACCUCGCGGGCGCAGUGCCCGCCCUCUGCCAGCAGGGGGAGGUGGGCCAGCCGCAGCUCAUCCAGAUACAGACGCAGCAGGGUCAGAACACGCCCACCAUCAUGUGCAACGAGUUCGGGGAGACCAUCGCCAUCAUCGAGACCAGCGAGGGCGGGGCGCUGCCUCUGGCCGAGGCCAUCGAGAUCUACCAAACCGCCCUGGAGAACAGCCUGGGCAUGGACUCCAUCACUGUGGACAGCCUGCAGCUUCUCUGAGAGAGGCCUGGGGGCGGAGUCAGGAGGCGGGGCUGGGGGCGAAGUCAGGAGGCAGAGUCAGGAGGCGGGCCUUACCACACCGGGAUACCCUGACUUUACGCGGGAGGGAAGACGAGAGCGAGAACGAUGUUGGGAAUGAGAUCAGAUAUAGGAAUAAGGGCGUUGGCCCUUUAAGCUGUUAGGAAAGAAGCGCACGCCCAGGCGAACGCAGCCUCGGGUGGACGUUCGGACAGACCUGCACACUAACUGGCAGUCCAGAGGCAGUGGGCUGACAGGUGUGAGGCCUGUUGGUGCGAUUCACAUCUACGGUGUGAGUCACACCAACAGAUUGUACCUCUACAGCUUGUACAGAAAUGUUUUUCUUUUUUUUUUGUAAAUGUGAUUUUUACUUUCAGCAAUUAACUAAUCCUUUCGGUGUAAAUAAACAUGAGAGUUGAGUUUGAUAA